AUGGAUUGCGUGGCGCUCCUCGUCGAGAUCGGAGGAGCUGACGUAAACGCGAGGGACAACAAAGGCCGCACUCGCCUUUUCAGCGCCGUGAAUUGGAACGAUGAAGAGAUGUUUUGCAAACUCCUCGGCUAUGGUAUAUCCUGCAACGCGCAGGAUACGAAGGGCAACACCGCUCUCCAUCAACCAUUGUCGCACAUGUCCAUGGCCGUCAUCACACACCUUUUACAAGCAGGUGCCGACCCAAACCUCCAGAACCACGUGGGGCUGACACCUCUAAUGAUCUCGGCACAAACCACUACUCAUGUGGAGAGGCUCCUAGCUGCGGGUGCAGACAUUGAGGCCGUGGACAAGUCGGGUGCGUCGGUCCUGUUUCGCUUGUUCCACGGCUACUUCGACAAAGAUGCCAGUACGUUUAGCGAGAUCCGACUCCUCCUUGACCGGGGCGCUUCGCCUACGAGGCGGGAUUACAAGGGCCGCACAAUUCUACACAACGCCGUCAAAGGCUACAAGCCGAGGAUCCCCGUGCACACCGCCACCUGGCAGCCUUCCACCGAUGGCGGCGUCACCAAAAGAAGGAGCCGCAAACCAGGUUUGACCAACAUCGACACGCGCGACAAAUACGGCGCCACUCCGCUUCACCUAGCCGCGGUCUACAGCCCGCAAUUGACCCUAAAGCUUCUCCGUGCUGGCGCAGAUCCUACCGUAGCCACAUUUGAAGGCCUAACCCCUCUCCACCUAGCGGCUCGCAGCAGGCAGAGUAACAUCGUCGGCAUGCUACUGGAUGACCUGCGACGACGCCAGAACGCGUGCAAGGGUCCUGACGGCGCCCAAGAGCCUCUCCAUGAUGGAACGGCGGCUGAGAAACCCCGGGAACCAGUGCCCGGCGUCGAUGCCAUUGCGGUAUCCGACGAGAAAAUCAUCACCCCGCUGUACUACGCGUGUCGUUCCGGCAGGCCGGAAACCGUUUCCCUCCUCCUGGAAGCGGGGGCCGACAUCUCCCUCACAAACGUUUUCGAAGCCUAUAGCGAGGACGUUCACGCCACCGCCGUUCGCAUCGACGACACUAUGCGACCAGCCAGGCGAGAAAAUGCCCAGCCUGGCGUUCUGCGGCCCCAUGAGACGGCGAGGCUCGACGAGAUCCUGGACAUGCUGUUGGCCCGUGGAGCCGCCUUCCACGGGUAUACAGUGGCCCGUGUAGAUCCUCCCAUUUGGCCCAGCUAUCUCUACUCGAUACAGGAUUCCGAAUACAUGGUACGCAGCAUGUCUGUGGCGUGGAGAAAAUGGGAGGAGGAAAACGGCGUAGCGAACGACGUUUCGUCUACCGCCCGAUCUGUCCACGAGAGGGCAACGCCCCUCCUGGACCAGGCGUGGAUGCAAAGUUUGAAAGAGCACGAAAGCGCCAUCACCAGAGACUCCGAGAACCGAGAUUUAUUCCACCGCUUCAUGGUUCAGCGGCAAUAUCAUCUUGUCGAGGCCAUGGCUCGCGUCGGAAGCUCCUUUCUGCCGACCGCCGCAGGACCGUGGUCCAAGUGCAACUUUUCUAGCCUCGUCUCGGGAGGCUUCACCUCGCUCGUCGACAAAGUGGGAACCCUUGAGUUGGAGAGGAAGCUUCCAGAGGGUCUCUGGCAUGCCUAUGGAGACGAGACAAAACCGGGCUUGUGGCGGUUUAGGAGAGACUUCCGUCCUGAGACUCCCUCCACCCAUCACAGCCUGCCGGAGUCUCCUGGAUCGCAUAAUUCUAACCUGGGAGAAGAAGACCUUGGAGUAGAUGACCUCGGGCAGACACAUGCUCGUCGUGAGUUCUGGCCACACCGCCCCUAUCUUAUCGCAGCCGUAAGCCGUGAACUUCCCAACAUGGGCGUUGUGCGUCUCCUAGUCGAAAAGUUUGGCGUCCACAUCGACGAAACCCAUUCCGAGUACAGUUUCAAGCCUCCUGGCUGGCGAUAUGAGGAGGAGAUCCACUUCGCGCUUCGCACUGCGGCUUCAGGCGCGAACUGGUGGCAGGUUCACCAAGCGCUCCCCUACCUGAUCCAGGCUGGGGCAGAUGUCAACUUAAUGCCCCUCCGGGGCGACUCACCAUUGUGUUGGGCCAUUGCGGAUCGCAUGCGAGUCCCAAGACCCUUCGCCCUCGCCGCGUCACGCAUGUUGAUCGCCGCUGGGGCGGACGUGAACGCCCACAACUAUGGAGGUUUCUCUUGCCUCGCAACUGCCAGCAUCUCCAACAACGGCGAGCUCGUGGAGUUCUUCCUGGCACAGGGUGCGGUGGUCACUGGCGAUGCGGUGGAAGGAGCUUUGCGGAACAGAAACCCGCACAUUCUCGAGCCUUUGCUCUCAGCAGGACCAUUCGACUUCGCAUCCGGUCUGAGACCUAGGUUUGGACAGGCAUAUAAGGCUUUUCCCUGCUUCAGGGACUCGGAAGUAGAUUGGCGGUGUAAGGACAUGGAGGAAGGACACUACCCCGUGAUCUACCUGGCCCCAGAUGAAUACCCACUUUUGCACCACAUGCUCUACGAGAGACUCGCGGCUGACGCUCUCCUGGAGAUGGCCGACCUCAAGGUCAACGAGCGUGACCCGGAGGGCCGCACUAUGCUCCACGCGGCAUGCUAUAGUGACCGAGGGUUAGGUCGCCUGCUACGUAUAAACAAGGAGAGCGCCGCCGGGGAUGUCCAAGAGGAUGACAAUGGCCUGAACAUCCUCCACCAUACCGUGCAGAAGGAUCAGUACUACUGGGGGUAUCAUUCGGAUGACUCAAGUGAAAUGAAGAGAGAUAAGUUUGCCCAAACGAUAAACAUCAUCUUGGAGAGGCAGCCGGAUCUGGCCAACGAUGCCGACAACCGCGGCUUCACGCCACUACUCCUUGCAGCAGAGCUACCGGUCCUAGACGAGAGGGUCCGAGCCAUCAGGAUUUUGCUCAGCCAUGGGGCGGACCCGCAGAGGACAGCGAAUAGCGGAGAUACCAUUCUCCACCUUCUCGCGAGCAAACAUGAAUUCUCCGAGCCCAGCUUGGGGUGUUUAUUCCAGGAGCUCGUCAACACCUGGGGCGUGGACGUGAAUGCACGGAACGCCUGCGGGUGGACGCCUCUGUCUGUGUACUGCUCCCAGCCUGGUGCCCCCGGGGCCAACGACCCAUCCCGAGUCAAAAGGAAGGAGGAGGAGGCGUUGCGAUUGAUGGUGGAGCUGGGGGCCGACUUGUCGGUGCGGGAUAAUAGCGGCCGGGGCCUGCUGCACCUCGCAGCGCGCGGGGGUCCGUUCCGCUUCAAGAAGCUGAUGGAUCUCGGGCUCGACCCGUCGCUCGAGGACGACGCGCAGCAGACGCCGAUUGAUCGAGCAGCGGCCUGCGGGCAGACAGCGAUCCUUGAGUUAUUUGAAAGGAAGGAUUGA